UCUCCACGCGAGGGGUUGAGUGAGCCGAGCUCCUGACUCGAGCUCUCCUUCCUCGCGUCGCUCUCCGCGCUCGUCCUCGCCGCAUUUCCCCUUUGUGCGCCUUUCCUCCUCCUCCGGAUGAAUCCAGGAUGAGUCUGGAGGCGCCGCGUGGGGCAGAAGAUCAGCAGGAGACGUGAAGGAGAAGCAAAAGUGCAGCAGCACAACUUCAGUCCUCCAGUCUUCACCCAGGAACAGGCUGGAGGGAUUCUUCCACCCCAAAGCAGCAGGACUCGGAUGGAGGGAAGCUCCUUUUUCCCAGGACAGAGGAUGGACCGUGGAGAGAGGGUCCCUGUUUUAGGCUCCUGCAGCUGCUAGUGGAGUGUUUCCCCUCCGAGACACACUCAGUGGAGCUGGAGAGCAUCAGCCCGAGUGAGUGCAGCACUCCCGGAUUCAGUGGAGCCCCUCGGCUCAGACCGAUCAGACCUUCUGCCUCCUUUUUGCCAUGUUUUUGUCUGUUUUGCCUCUUUGGAUCCCGGUGAGCCUCACUUCUCCAGCUUGCCCUUGAAUGCCUAUCCCUCGUCUUUCGCCUUCCGACACUCCUGAAGCCGACAAAUGGUCCUGCUAUGAGUGAAGUGUCCGGAAAUGUAGCUAAAUACAGUGUCCAGUCACCCACCUGCAGUCUAUGCAAUAGAGUUUGGGGGUCCGCCGGCCGGUUCUGAGCAGCUUUCCACUGGCUUUGGUCUUGUUUUUAUUCCUGCUGCUGCUCAGAUGUGGAGGUUGAAGUCAGGCCAUAUCUUCACGCUUUGAAGGAGUCCUGUAACUUCACCCCUUCCUCCUGUUUUUUGGUCUCUGGACGCUCCUCUCCUCGUCAGAGUGUCCUGCUGGAGGGAGAUGGGCGCUCAUGCUUUGGGAUUUUUGCUGAUUUUCCUGCUGGAGCGCGCACGGGUCGAGGCGGGCAACAUGGAGCCCAUCUACUGGAAUUCCCUCAACAGAAGGUUUGGGGAUGAGAGGGGCUAUGUGCUUUACCCUCAGAUCGGUGACCGGUUGGACCUGGUGUGUCCGGCGUCCGCUCCAGCCGGCCCGCGCUCCACCUCGGAAUACGAGUACUACAAACUGUACCUGGUGUCCACACGCGAACAGGCCGACAGGUGUGAAGUGAUGGGCCCUCCUAACCUGUUGCUGACCUGCGACCGGCCGAACGCAGACAUGCGCUUCACCAUCAAGUUCCAAGAGUUUUCGCCGAACCUGUGGGGCCACGAGUUCAAAAACCUCCACGAUUACUACAUCAUAGCUACCUCGGACGGCACCAAGCAAGGGAUAGACAGCAUGCGAGGAGGAGUAUGUGUGACGCGAGGGAUGAAGGUGGUGCUCAAAGUGGGACAGACUGCCUACGGACUUCCACCAAAACCCAAGCCUGAUCCGGCCAAAACCAACACCAGGACUCCAGGUCAGAAUGACGAAGGUAGCUCCUCCAAGGAUGAGGCAGGUGGGCAGAGCGACGACGGCACAGUUCCCGCCUCCAACAUCGCCCUUAUUGCCGGCGGGGCGGGUGGAGCUGCCUUCCUGCUGCUGGUCGCCGUGGUGAUCGGGGCAGUUUGUUACCGCCGGAGGAAGGCCAAGCACUCCGAAACGCAUCACCCGGCCCUGUCGCUGUCCUCUCUGACCCCGAAACGGGGCAGCGGCACCGGGGUCACGGCUGGCGGCCCCUCCAUGGGGGUCAACACUGGUGGCUCUGAGCCCAGUGACAUCAUCAUCCCACUGCGGACUUCAGACUCCGCCUACUGCCCGCACUAUGAAAAAGUCAGCGGGGAUUACGGACAUCCGGUCUACAUCGUCCAGGAAAUGCCCCCUCAGAGCCCCGCUAACAUCUACUAUAAAGUAUGAGGAGGGUCUGAGACGCAUAGACGCACACACUGCAGACAAAUAUAAACAUCUUGGCAAGUGAAGGGAUCUUAAAUGUGUUCGAAUCUAAGCAGUAUUUCUCAUUUCUAUCAGAUUUUUAUGGUUCAGUCUGUUUCUAGACACUUUUGCUUCAUUAAAACGGAACGAUUUUAACGUAAACGUGUAUCGACGUAGAAUGCAAACCAACUCAUUUACAUAGACCCACCCAUGUAGCCUACAGCAGCUUAGCUCCACCCACUCAUAAUGAAGUUAGAAGCCUGGGCUGCUUGUUGAAUUAGUCACAGCCUAUCAGAGCAGACUCAUUUACAUAUUUCAGUAUUAAAGGCACGGCCUGUUUAAUUCUAAGAAGGAAAAAGAAUUAAGAAGGUUUUUGGAAGACAAAACAAAUGUGGCCAGUGGUGCAUGAAAAGUAACCACUGAUAAGCGUGAUAUCACUGCAUAAUAAUGACAUAACUAAUUAGUGCUAAUUAUGUAAUUAAUUGUGUAAUUGAACUUAUACUUAAAUAGUACUCCACACUGCAGACAGGGGUUCGAAUCCCUGUUCAGGCAGGAAUGCCAUUCUAUACUAAUUGAGUCCUUGGCCAGACUCAAACUGUGGCAGACAUCUUUGGGGGUCCCCUUUUGGAAAGUCUGACUAUGGCAAGCAGGUCUAAUACGUCUUCUUCUCAGUUGCUUAUCUGAUUUAGUCACCAGCAGGCGGGUUUGGUGGGUCCCAUAAGAGGUAAAACCAAAUUAGGAUUCAUGUUGCUGGUCGCACGUUGGUUGUGGCAUAGAAAAGCUUACGAAGGCCGGUGUGAACGUCACUGCUAACAACAGUGUCUUCAGGGCUGUUACCGACAUAAAGUCAAAAAUAUCCAGAGUUUCUCAGCAGCUUGAGGCGCUCAGUCUGUAAGCUUCUUCAGUUUUAACACAGUGACACAGCUCGUGCACUAGAUUAGACAGAUUUGCUACAAAUUUGAGCUGGACGAAUUUAUAUCUUAUUUAAGGGGAGGAGACUAAUGAUAUACACAAGGAUAAUGUAGGAAAAUGCAUGCAUGUCAGAACAUUCACAAUUUAUCCAGAGAAAUGGUUCAGAAAACCUAUAAAUUCGAUUUUAUCUCUCUUAUGGGGGGUCCUUUUACUCUUAUGGGAGGCCAGGACCCCCUUACACACCCCUUGGAUUCAAACCCUGCUCCUACUGCUGCAGAUAAGCUGUAAAACAUGAUCAAAGUUCGGUCACGAAGUUCGGUUAUAUUUGAGCGUCGGACAAAUAUAAAUAAGUCCAUGCACGUCGGAAAGCUCCUCAGAGACAUCAUUCAGACCCAUUCAACCAUGUAAAGAACCAUUUAUGCGUUCGGACGGUUCUUUGAGUGUUCACAGUACGAUAUACACCGGUCAGGCAUAACAUUCUGACCACCUCCUCGUUUCUGCGCUCAC